AGAAAGUGUCUGAGUCUGAAAUUGAAAAAUAGUCUCAGAUUCAAUCAACAUAUCCAUCAGGAUCCACUACAUCUAUAAAAUAAUUUAUUUUCUCAUCGUUCGAAGAAUAAAUACUCAACUGGAGGCUGAUUUAUUCAUCAUUUUAAAAUUGUUUGAUCGUGAUUUUCAUUUUUAAUAUGGUUUUGUCUAUCAAAAAAUCGGUUUUACUAUUUCCAUUCAUUUGUUUGAUUUUUAUUCAACAACGAUCAAAUGCUACUACUGCAAUGCUACCGAAACCAAACCAUGGGAAUCAAUUCAACGCAGAUGCAGAAUUUCGCACCAUAAGAUAUAAUUUGAGUAUGGAUCGUAAUCUUUUUAAAAAACAUGGAUCUUGUACCGUACGUAAGAACAUGACUCCUACUACCGAAAAUGCACUAUGCAAAUGGUUUGUAGAGUUUCAUUGGAAGGGACACGACUACGACACCAUUACUUCAUUAGAUUUUCAAUUAGACGAUAAUGGUAAAGCAGGAAGAGCAAUCGUGAAACUCAGAGCUGCACUUCUUGAUGAUUUUGGAAGAGAGGUGCGAUUUGAAGAAGAUUUGCUAGAACAUGAUGCCGGGGAAGAGAAAAUCCAAUGGGGCCCCCGUUUCAUCGAUUUUAACGACUUGUACAGAAAUCCGUUCAUAGAGAAAAACCCAUUUAUUAUUUCUAUAGAGAUAUCCUAUUAUUAUUUUCGAUGCAGCAAUUUGACAGAUCAACAAAACACGACCUCACCAGAACCCAACACCACGAAAUGUCUUCCAUUAGAUAACUUCAGCUCAUUACUAGGAAAUCAAGAAUAUGCAGAUGUCAUUUUACUAGCAAAAGGCAAAAAUUAUUCGGCUCAUAAAGUUGUUUUGGCAGCUCGUAGUGACGUUUUCCCAACCAUGUUUAAAAACAAUCAACACGGUGAUAAAAAACAUAAAAAAAUACGAAUCGAUGUUACUGACGUAGAUGCAGAAGUUAUGGAUGAAUUGUUGCGAUACAUUUACACUGGAAAAUGCCAUAUUUCAGAUAAACUAGGCGAGCGACUUUAUGAAGCAGCAGAUUCAUAUAAGCUAAAUGAGCUGAAAACAAUUACUUUGAAAUCGAUGGUUGAAACAUUAUCCGUUAAAAAUGCAGUAAAUGUGUUAGUAUUUGCGGAUAAGCAUCAUAUGAAGGAUUUGAAAUCAACAGUUAUACAGUUUAUCGUUGAAAACUCUGUCCAGGUGUCGAAUACUACCGAAUGGAAGAGUAUGGUAAUACCUAAUGUUCAGUUAGUUACCGAAUUAUGUCAAAUUUUUAUGCAACGAUUGGGUACGUCCGUGCCAUGUGAAUUCUUUUGUAAGUCAAUUUUAGCAAAAAAAUUAGAGUAGGUACCUAUACCUUGUAAAUUGGGAUACCUAGUUCUAAUCAAAACUGUAAAAUUGUAAAUUUCGUAAGGAAUUAAAUUAUAGAAUUAGUUUCGAGUUUUCUUAUACCGAAUUAUUCAUCUCAGACCUCUUUAGAAUAAGUUUUCGAAUAACUCUUGUAUACCUAUGUAUCUGAAAAAAUAGAAUCCCCCAAAAAAGUACCUCACGGUAAAAAAAAAGGGGGUGUUGAAAAAGAGCGUGCUAUGAAAGGCUCGUCAUCAUUACAAAAAAAAACUUCAAAAAAAUCUCCAUAAUAGAAAACAACUGAAAAAUAUCCAAAAAAAUGACCCAAAACAAAAAAUUACUGAUAUCUCCUUUGCAGGGAGUUGGAGAAUGAUUGGUUGGUACCUCUACCUAUUUACCUACCUAUGAACCUACUUCAGAGUCUUUGAAAAAUGAACAAAAAUUUCCCAACUUCCGCCCACUUCUUCAAACAAGUAGGUACACAUUUCCAUUUCCAGCAUUCAUGAAGUAUCCAUAAUCAAAAUUGAGUGAGCGGAAGUUGGGAAAUUUUUGUUCAUUUUUCAAAGACUCUGAAGUAGGUUCAUAGGUAGGUAAAUAGGUAGAGGUACCAACCAAUCAUUCUCCAACUCCCUGCAAAGGAGAUAUCAGUAAUUUUUUGUUUUGGGUCAUUUUUUUGGAUAUUUUUCAGUUGUUUUCUAUUAUGGAGAUUUUUUUGAAGUUUUUUUUUGUAAUGAUGACGAGCCUUUCAUAGCGCGUUCUUUUUCAA